AUGGUGGACCGACGAGCUAGCGACGCAGCUCCUUCACUUCAGACGCCCAUUGCCCCCGUUGCAAAGCGGAAACGACGUGCCUCCUGCCUGGGAGAACAGGAGCGACGCGAGAGAAAGAGAGCUAUUGACCGCGAAGCCCAGCGCUCACUGAGAGAAAAGACCAAAACGCAUAUUGCAGAGCUGGAGCGAACAAUACAGAUACUCCGAGAUCAAGAUCGUAAUGGAGCGACCGCCAGUCUACUGUCUGAGAUUGAUAGCCUGCGAGUGGAGAACGAACGGCUGAGAGAUGUAAUCGAUAGCGUCAAAAGCGUGGUGGGACUGGACUUUGGCGUGUCCGGUAAGACUGCUGCGACAGUGGUGCCACGUCCACGGGCAGAUGAUGGUGGUGAUGAAGGCACCUCUCCUGCUGCGACCAGUGCCGGCCAUCAGUCACCUAAGCCAUGCGCGAUCUCGUCUAGCAGUGCGACAAAACCAUGUCCAUCAACACCCAUCGAUCAAGCAACUACUUUUGUUCCGUCUGCGGUCAAGCGACCGCUCGAUCUUGAUGGCAUGACGGUCAUGACAGACCUGCAUCCACCGGUAAUGCUGGCAAAUCAAAGUCAACAAGUCGAAAUGGAGCUCGACCUCCAACCAGUUCGAGAAAGCUCAGAAGAAGGGGAGGCAGAAGACUUACCCUGGGGCAAUGCACCAGCAACAGCGACCUGGGCACCCAUGAUGGAAGAAAUCUUCGGCCCAAACUGGCGUUGUCCCUCGCCGACUAUCCUCCACAUCGGCAAUCCAGACAACCCAACCUCGAACUUUUCCUCCAUCUGCCCCGUCUGGAAAAAGAGCAACGAGCUCUUCGGCAAAGUCUUCACCUACCAUCAUCGUUCCCCAGGUGCCACGAGCAGCUCUUCUUCCUCCAACAAUAGUCUAGUGCGGUCUGAUACUGCAGAAGCAGGACUGCUCUACCUAGGCAUAAAACAGGGUUGGGACAACUUACCCUCACUGGAAUGGAUGAAGAGUCCAGCGCUCACAAUCUUGAAACAGGUUGACGAGCUGCUAUUCAAGCAUCUGCCCAACGUAGAGAGGUUGGCUGUGGCGUAUAAGAGUUUCAAGUUGCUUAAGUAUUAUCUCAACGCGACAAAAGAAGAAUUGGAUAAAGUGCCGCACUGGCUUCGCCCAAGUUUCUCACAAUCAUCGACCUCUCACCCCAUAGCCCUCGAUUUCUUCGCCUGGCCCACCAUCCGCUCCCGCUUACUCAACCACCACACCACAAUCUUCCAAACAAGCGCAGGUGCCGAUCUUUCCAGCUGCUACUCGCGCUUCCUGCGUUUCGACUGGCCGUUUGCCUUUGAAGAUGCUUUCUUCCUCGACGAGGAUACUGGCAUGCACUACCCUAGUCCGCUGUUUGAGCGCUAUCACGGAGACUUGAAGUAUUGGUCAGUAGACGAGCAGUUCUUCGAUACAUUUCCAGAGAUGAGGGGCGAUAUUGAGGGCGAUCAGAGAAACGCAAGCGCAGGGAAGGUGUAA